UCUGACACUAAUCAUUUCUGUCGUCAACAGGUGACGCAGGGUUCCGACCCCAGUGCGCUGGUUGCCAUGGAUACCACGACAGUGUUGUACACCCGUGCCCAGCAGCGAUAUUUCAGCUCGUACUCCCCCGUCAUUGGAUUUUAUAUCUAUGAAAGCGCCCCCUACUGGAAUGCCUCAGUGCAGCGGGACCUGCUGGAAUACGCCAAAGGCUUCCAGAGAAUCAGCUGGCUGGAGGCCUACCUGAACUACCUGUCAGACCGCAACCAGUCCACCAGCCAGCCGCGGGAAAACUUCACCCGCACACUCCGCCACGCCUUCCUCCACGAGCCGCAGUUCGCCCACUUCGCAGACGACAUCAUAUUUGCAGAGCGCGGUCAGGGCGAGGAGCCGGAUGUGGCCGCGUCGAGGAUCUUCCUGGUGGCCAAGACGACGGAGAACAAGCGCGAGGAGAUGUCAGUACUGCUGGACACGCUGCGGCGCUUGUCGCUGACCUCGCGUGUUCGCUUCCUAAUCUUCAACCCCUCCUUUGUCUACCUGGACCGCUACGCUGCAGCGGUGAGCUCCCCCCUCAGACACUCACUGCUGGCGGUGCUCUUCCUGUUGGGUCUGUCCUCGCUGGCCGUCGUGGAGCCGCUGGUCUCCGUCUGGCUGGGCCUCACCCUGCUCUCCGUGCAGUUCGGAGUGCUGGGCUUCAUGACCUUAUGGGGCGUGGAGCUGGAUUGCAUGUCCGUGUUGUGUCUGAUCUCGGCGUUGGGACACUCGGCGGACUGCAGCGGCCCCCUCCUCUGUGGCUUUGCCUCGGGUCGGGGCGAGAGCAGGACUCGCUGGGUGAGAGUGGCGCUGGAGAGACACGGAGUUCCCUCUCUACAGACGCUCAUCUGCUACAGCGCCGCCCUGGUGCCUGUUGGCUCCAUGCGGUCCAACCUCACACAUACACUGUUCCGCUGCCUCACCCUCACGGCCGGCUGCUCGGCGCUGCACACGCUGGCGUUCCUGCCCACCCUCCUCACCUUCCUGCCCCCCUCCAAGACCCAGGGCCAAGGGCCUGGAGGAGAGGGGCCCAGACAGGAGGUGGAGUGUGUUGAAAUGAACGACAGCACACGAGUGGUCGACCAGAUCACCACAGUCUGAUCAUAGGGUGAUUUUGUUUUUUUUCAGGCCCCUGGUUGCCAUGGUGACUGGUGAGCGGUUGAUUGUAGUAGCCGCUGUGCACGCUGCAGAGAAGAAUGAAGAGAGGAAGAGGGGAGGAGAUGGGAGGAAGAACAGAGUGUGAAGGUCGAGAGAGAAGCGAAGGAGAGUAGGAGGCAAGUAAAACAACGACAGGUUUCCAGCGCAGUGUAUCCAUGGUUACCUGCUUGUUGCUAGCGCUGUGUGGCAUGUUAAUGAGGCUUGAUUUCUUAAGUAGCCAAUCAGGCGUGGAUGAUCGGCUGAGGUCAGGCCCCUGGAUGUGACCCUACGACAGUGAAAGUGUUGCACUUUUCACUUGUCUCCAAAACUUUGCUUUGUAUCCGAUCACAUCGUUUGGCUCCUGCUUUCUGUCCACAUUAUCAAGUUGCACAAAUUCAGCUACAAUGACAUGAGGCAAUCAUCUGUAUAACUCCAGUAUUUCUACUUUAAUUCUGGACAAAUAAAAUCAA